AUGGCUACAGAUGAAGUUACAGGAGGGGCUCGCAAAGCUACGAAAAGCAAACUUUUUGAGUUUCUGGUCCAUGGGGUGCGUCCUGGGAUGCCAUCAGGAGCUCGAAUGCCCCAUCAGGGGGCUCCCAUGGGUCCCCCAGGUGCCCCAUAUGUUGGAAGCCCUUCAGUGCGACCCGGGAUGCCCCAGACUGUGAUGGAAACAACAAGAAAACGUGCUGCACCACAGCAGGUCCAGCAGCAGCAAGUGCAGCAGCAAGUGCAACAACAGCAGCAAGCCACUCAGAACCGAACUAGGAGUGCCAAGAGGAGGAAGAUGGCUGACAAAAUUCUCCCUCAGAGGAUCCGGGAGCUGGUUCCUGAGUCCCAAGCCUACAUGGAUCUGUUGGCCUUUGAACGCAAACUGGACCAGACCAUUAUGCGGAAACGUGUGGAUAUUCAGGAAGCGCUGAAGAGGCCAAUGAAGCAAAAGCGGAAACUAAGACUUUACAUCUCCAACACAUUUAAUCCUGCAAAAUCUGAUGCUGAUGACUCUGAUGGCAGCAUUGCUUCAUGGGAGCUGCGAGUGGAGGGGAAGCUCCUGGAUGACCUCAGCAAACAGAAACGGAAGUUUUCAUCUUUUUUUAAGAGUUUGGUUAUUGAACUGGACAAAGAUCUUUAUGGACCUGACAACCAUCUUGUGGAGUGGCACAGAACUCCCACAACCCAGGAAACGGAUGGCUUCCAGGUGAAAAGACCUGGUGAUGUCAGCGUGCGGUGCACGUUACUCCUCAUGUUGGACUACCAGCCUCCCCAGUUUAAACUGGACCCACGAUUAGCCCGUUUGCUGGGGAUACACACACAAACCCGAUCAGCCAUCAUCCAGGCUCUCUGGCAGUACAUCAAAACAAAUAAGCUGCAAGACUCCCAUGAUAAGGAAUACAUUAACUGCGACAAGUACUUCCAGCAGAUCUUUGACUGUCCACGGCUAAAGUUUUCUGAAAUUCCUCAGAGACUUACUAACCUGCUGCUGCCACCAGACCCUAUAGUGAUAAACCAUAUCAUCAGUGUUGACCCCAAUGAUCAGAAGAAGACGGCUUGUUAUGACAUAGAUGUAGAAGUUGAAGACCCAUUAAAGGGACAGAUGAGUAGUUUUCUUCUCUCAACAGCUAACCAACAGGAAAUUACAGCAUUGGACAACAAGAUUCACGAGACAAUCGAAUCCAUAAAUCAGUUAAAAAUACAACGUGAUUUCAUGCUGAGUUUCUCCAAAGAUCCCAAAGGAUACAUCCAAGACCUUCUCCGGUCCCAAAGUAGGGAUCUUAAGGUGAUGACUGAUGUAGUUGGAAACCCAGAGGAAGAACGCAGAGCUGAAUUUUAUCAUGAGCCAUGGUCUCAAGAGGCUGUGAGCAGAUAUUUCUACUGCAAGAUCCAACAGCGCCGGCAGGAACUGGAACAGUCUCUGGGAGUGCGCAACACAUAAGUACUGCUCACAAGAUCCUGUUGGCAUCACGAUCACCAAACCAGUGAACUUUUCAGUGUUACUUAGCUCACUGUUACACAUGGACCUGCUUCCUGACUGGAUGAGAAUGUACCAUGAACACACCAGUCAGAACACCAGCUUUAGAGUGACCCUUGAAAAUCUUGCCCAUGAGGGGUGUCUCAGACUAUUCCAGGCCAGAGACAGCGCCGUACAAGUGUCAGUGUUAAAGAAGAUUAAAGGUUUAUUCAUCAACGCGCAUCAUUAAGUUUUAGUGAAAAGUUCAGACACUACAGAGCAAAUCCUAAUGCGUAGAAUCAUGGCUGGCAGUGAUGAGGGGGGUUGAGAUGGGUGUUACAGGAGACUGCAGAUUUAGAGAAAUAAAUGCAGUUCUCAUCCUAUGUUACCUAAGAGUCUCAAAUAGUAACUUCUCUGCAAUU